AUGGUGUCGCUCGUCGCUCAGAUUUAGCGACAAAUGAGUCACGUGAUUUCAUAUGUCGCUGACUUUGACUGCCGCUCGUGUAAAUGGGCUAGCGAUAUUUUUGACGAUUAUUUGACUUGUGUCGUGUGAAAUAAAUACUUCAAAAUGUCAUAUGAAGAAAGAUAUCACGAGUGGACCUGUCAACUUGCCGCGAUUAUGCACAAUAAAAAUGAGGAGGAACGACGACGAAAUAGACUAAUAGCAGCUAUAUGCAUUAAUGAAUGUAUAAAUUUAAAAAAAAAAUAUAAAAAAAAGAGAUUUUGGAUUGAUCCAUUAUUUGAAAAACGACGUGAACAUGGAUUUUAUUAUGCAUCUGUACCGAGACUAACGCCAGAGAAAUUCCGGAAUUAUUAUCGUAUGACAGCUACACAAUUUGAGGAAUUGUUAUAUUUAGUAGCACCUGCAGUCACUAAACAAACUGUAAUUAGAGAACCAUUACCACCUGCAGAGCGAUUGUCUAUAACAUUGAGAUAUUUAGCAACUGGUGAUUCAAUGCAUUCGAUGUCAUUUCAUUAUCUCGCUGGAGUAUCAACAAUAAGCCAUGUUAUAGGUGAGACAUGUGAUGCUAUAUGGAACUCUAUUCGUCAAGAAAUUAUGCCACCAUCAAAAACUACAGAGGAAUGGUUAUAUCUUGCUAAAGAAUUUCAAGAGAAAUGGGAUUUCAAUCACUGUAUAGGAGCAAUUGAUGGUAAACAUGUUGUUAUUGAGUGUCCACCUAACGCAGGCUCGUCCUAUUAUAACUAUAAAAACAGUCAUAGUAUUGUGCUUCUCGGAAUCUGUGACGCGCAAUAUAUGUUCACAUUUGUCGAUAUUGGAGCCUAUGGUCGCCACAGUGAUGGUGGUAUUUUUAAAGAUUCAAAGAUGGGUUUAAAAUUCAAUUCAAAGGAAAUGAAUGUACCUGCACCAGAACCUUUCAGCCCAGGUGGACCAUCUUUGCCAUAUGUUCUGAUGGGCGAUGAAGCCUUUCAAUUGACAGAUUAUUUGAUGCGGCCUUAUCCAGGAAAAGGCGGUUUAAACGACGAGCGAAAUAUUUAUAAUUAUCGAUUGAGUCGAGCCAGGAGAACAAUUGAAAAUACGUUUGGUAUCCUAGUCAGCCAAUGGAGAAUUUUGAAACGACCAAUCAAUUGUAGCAUGGAAAAAACAAUUUCAAUUGUGAAAGCUAUUGUAUGCCUUCAUAAUUGGAUUCGUCGGAGAGAUAUUGAUGAUGGAGAAAAUCAAUAUGUUACUCCAACACUAAUUGAUCAGGAAGAUGAUGACGGCUUUGUUCCAGGCUCUUGGAGAGGUUGCAUAGAUAAUAGUGUAUUCGUAGACAUUACUCAGUGCGGUUCUAAUAAUAGCUCUCGUCGAGCAAUGUAGAUUCGUGAAGAAUUUUGUAAAUAUUUUAAUAGUGAAGGUGCUAUACCUUGG